AUGCUCCCCACAAGGGAGAAUGGGGGCAGCGAAUGGUCAGAUGGCCCAAUGGACGAGAACGAGUGCUAUUUUUCCAAGGAAACCGUGUGGGCCAUAGUCAUGCGGAGGUGUGGGAGACGCCGAGUCGCAAAAGAGGAUGUCUUGGCAGGAAUGGGUGUGGAUGGCUUCAGUGGGAGCAUAUCAACUACUACUCCCAACUCAUUCUCUGAGUUCAACAUCGGUAGACGUAUUCACUUUGAGGAUCAGGUUGAUGAAAGCAUGGAGCCUCCAAGGUCCAACGAAGAAGUUGGGCUCCCAAUCCUCCAGCGUAUUCUUUUCUGCGGCCGUUAG